AACUUAAAAAACAUUCAAUUUGUGUAAAACUAAAUAGAAAUAAAAAUUAGUUACAAGAAAUAAGAAAUAUUCUUGUUUGUCACGUAAAAUUACAAAGAAAAAAAAUCGAUUUGAUGAAUAAAAAUCGUCAAGUGGUGAAUAAGUUCGUGUAGAUUUCAAAAGAAAUUGGAUAUUUUCUCUAUUUAUUAUAAAAUUGAAGUAGUUUUGAACACAUGUUUGAUUUAUUUAGAGAGAUUUUAUUACUUGCUGGGUUUGCACACCUGGUCGUAACAGCCGAAAUAAGAUUUUCGGCAUUACGUCCAGAACCUGAAAUCAAGGAGCGAGAGAAUUAUCAACCAGGAUGUUGGCUGGGGAAACAUCAUUACAAGCUUAUGGAGAAAUUUUCACCUGCAUUGGAACCAAACGGAAGACUUGUUUGUAUUCUUUGCCAGUGUAUUCCGGUGACAAGGAAAGGAAUAAUUCAACAUUAUGGAAAAGCGAAAUGUGUCAAUAUCAAAGAUAAAUGUCCAUUACCUAACUGUCACAAUCCAAUACUGCCACCCGGCAAAUGCUGCAAAUCUUGUCAAGGUCAAGUAUCGUUUGAGGACCAGUAUGUUUUGCUGCCACAAGACGUUAAUGACCAUUAUGAAAGCUCUGUGAAUUCUGAUAAAGAAGCAAGGGAGGAAUACAAAGAGCAACGAUACACAGCUCUGUUGGUUGGUAAGAAUGUAGUUGGCUCCCCACCUCUCAUGACAAAAGCAGUUGCAAUGGUAUAUUUAUUGGUCAAGAAAGAUGCUACACUCCAGUUCUCCGUAAGAUAUGCAGAACUACAGAAUCCCAAACAAAUAAAUGUUGUUGAUAGCAACGGAAACAUACUGCUUGAACAUGACUUCCAACAAACAAGAGACAGAAAGUUCUGUGGAGAAUGGUAUAAUGUUCCAUCCUAUUACCUAAAUUAUAUAGCGAAAAAACAACUUCAUUUGACGAUAACGACCAAAAGAUACCCUCGUGGAGAGGUAGCUGGUAUUCCUGAACAUGACACGUCAUUCGACCAUGGAACAUUUGGGGCCUUACUUAUAUCACCAAUACCACGUGGUAUAGGAGCUUAUGUAGAGUUUAGAUAUUCCUAUUCAAGCAGACGAAAGGUUAUUGACUAUCUCAUUUAUCAGGAUGGAUUUCUGGACAACAAAAGAAGAAAACUUGAAUAUUUCGUGACCAUUGAGAAAAACACGAAAAUUAUACAUCAAGAUACACGACGAAUACGGUACAAGUCAAACAAGAAAGCAAAUUUGAACGGAUCUUGGAAACGACCAAAUAAAAGAGAAAGAAGAUUAAUGACUAGACGAAAACUUCGCUUAAGGUUAACAUCUAAAGGAGGAACAACAAUGAUCGGUGACAUUACACCAGUACUCACAUGUCAAAUUUUUCAGGCUGUUUUGUCAAGCAGUGAAGCAUUAACUGACUCAGCUCAUCCUCUAACCAGUGUUGGAUCAGCUGUCUUCCAGCUUCAUGAUAAUGGUCAAAUAGCAUACAUGAUACGGCUGUAUAGUAUGAAACAGAAUUUAGUAUCGUUAACAUUAGAAUCAACACCAACACGACGGCGGAGGAGAAGGGUUAUACAAGAUCUGACAAAGACGUUUAGAUAUAACACAUCCUCUGAUAACGGUUUUGCCGUAGGUAUUUUCAAGAAACCAACAGCAAAAGACCUUACCAUGUUUUUGACCGGAAAGUUGUACAUUAACGUGGGAACCUCAUAUAGACAAAUCAGUGCUCUUCGUGGAAAAAUAGAACGGACUGAGCAUGAUAGCACAAUAGAUAUAUUAAGAAAUGCGCCUUUUAUUCUGAUGGCACUACCAUCGACCCCGUCAACAGGUGUCGCUGGUCACGCAUGGUUAUCCGUUACUGAUAAAUGUGUACUGCAUUAUCAGAUAUUGCUGUCAGGACUAAGAGAUCAUACUACAAUUACAGCUCUAAUCACAGGGAAAUAUGAUUCAGCUCCAUCAUAUAGUGGAAAUGCAAUAUACACAAUCAUCAUUACUGAUUUUAAAAAUGGAAUAGCUAGCGGGCGUAUUUCUGAUAUCUCUAGAGAAGUAUUUCAAAGUCUUGACAGAGGGACUUCCUUCAUGCAAAUAGACGUUGUAGGUGUGACUAAAGGGAGUAUAUUUUCAAAUUUGAGCAUUGUAAAUGAUUGCUGGCAAAAAACGAAUGGAAAUAAUUAUAACAUGCUUUUAGAUGAGGGCUACAAAGUGCGGGAUAGAAAUCCUAUCACGUCCUGUAAUUAUGAAGGUCGAAUUUACGAUGACGGAUCAACAUGGAUUCCUGUUGGAAACGAUUCAUGCUACACAUGCACGUGUCAGCAACAGAAAAUACUGUGUGAUGUUGUUGUCUGUCCUGACCUCAAAUGUGAAUAUCAAGUCAAAGUUCCAGGACUUUGUUGUCCAAAAUGCGCAGACAAACCAGACAUAACGCGUAUACCAUUUACCUCACAGAACAAUACACACUCUGAAGGCUCCUGUUAUUAUGACGGUGAUAAACGAUGGCAUGCCGCUGGAACCAAGUGGCAUCCCUAUGUGCCACCAUUUGGCUAUGUCACAUGUGCGGUUUGUAGCUGCAUGACAGAUGGCAGUUAUGACUGUAAAAGAUCUCCGUGUCCGGUAUUGAAUUGUUCUAAAUCUGAGGCAGUUCGUAUCAAAGCAAAUGAUUGUUGUCAGGUUUGUCCAGACAAAACACUUGUCAUACCAAAUGGUGAAAGCCAAGCUGACCACGCCGUUGCAUCAAAAGAAAAAUCUUGUAAAUUUGGAGAUGAAGUUUUUCCGCAUAGAGCGAAAUGGCACCCUAAAUUGUCUGAUAAUGAAGAAGUAGCGUGUGUGAAAUGCAGGUGUAAGAAUGGGAAAGUAAAAUGCAAGCGGAAGAAAUGUACACCUGACGAUUGUAGAAGAACUAAAAACAAAAAUGUAGAGAAAUGUUGCCAGUGUCCAGGUUCUCACAGGAAAAGUCGAGGAAGAAGUAAAGGCAACCGAUAAUAAUACCUUUCACUAUUUGUUAUCUAUUUAUUUUUACAUUCCAUUUUUACUCAUGUUAAUAUUUUUACAUAUUUGUUUGAGUGCUUGUUUUCAUUAUGUAUAAAUAUGUUAUCAUAAAAGAAUGUGAUAUUUUUAUAUGUUCCAU